AGCGAACAGAAUCUGCUGCUAAUCGGAGAUGGUCUGGUUUUGCCGGGCUCUGGGUAUAAGGAAGGUGUGCGCACAAUCCGGGAGGUCGAUUUGGUGAGAGUUUUGGAUCGGAGAGCCGACCGGACCUCACGUUGUCGGGAUGCCUUCUGGACAAAUCGAGGCCUGCGGGUAGGAUCGAAUUCAGGAGAUGCUGAAGCGAUUCGCGAGGAACUUGUGAAUGAGGGAUUGAUCCAAAAUGAUCGACAAGACUCGGCCGGCCGUGUGUGUGUGCGCGACCGAGACACGCAGAAGUUGCUUCGCUUCUGCUUCUGCUUCUGAAAGCAGUGGCUGUAUGGGAGGGGCGGAGGGACGGAGAGCAUGCGAUCGGUGGAUUCGUUGAUUGAAGGGUUUGGGGAUCCAUUGGGGUUUUGUUCAUGUUUCUGCUACCGGUGUAGAGAUUAAAGGAGGUGGACAGAAUGCCGAGCCAGGGUGCAGGGCAGCGGAGGAGGGUGGCAGCCAAACCUCCCCGACCGCCCGUCAGAAAUGCUCGAGGUGGGAGGAACUAUGAGCAGCAAUCGCCAGAAUCUGUCAAGAAUAAGCUUUCCGUCAGCGUUCUUCUAAGCGUUACCGCGGUGUGCGUGAUGCUUGCCAUGUUGUGGGGAGUUUGGCUUCUCACCAGAAGACCGGAUGCACUCGUGGCGCCACCGUCUGUGAAUCAGCUGUUCAACGUCACUGCCACAGCAUCUGUUUACGACCGUGGACUCGUGAAAGCUGCAGAUCUCUCUUACGAAGCUGUGCUCAAGGAUCAUCCUCGCUACUGGACCAACACUUCCCACCGUCACUUCAAGGGUUCAGUCCUGGCAUAUGUCACCCCAUGGUAAACUAUCUGCAUCGUAUUUCUGUCACUAAAACCAUCGGAUGGGUAGACAAUGUGAUUUUCUGUCCGGUCGAUAGGAGGAUUCAUGGAGUGAUGUCAGUUCAACGCACUUGAAUUUGAAUGGAAAAGGUUAUGACAUGGCCAAACUAUUUCGCUCCAAGUUUACACAUGUUUCACCUGUCUGGUACCAACUGAAAAGAGACAACAGUGGCUUGCACUUGCAUGGAAGGCAUGAUGUUGACCAAAAGUGGAUCUCCGAUGUUCGUCAAGGAGGAUCUCCGAAGAUCGUGCCCCGUGUUGUGUUAGAAGGAUAUCCUACCGACAUGCUAACGAAAGAAGAGGAACGAGAGGAAGCAAUCGACGCUAUUACUUCUGAAGUCACAAAGAUGCAGUUCGACGGUAUCGUAUUAGAGGCCUGGUCCCUCUGGCGGGGUUAUCGUCUCCUGCAGGACUCAAAUCUUCGUCAAAAGGCUUUGGAAUUCAUCAAAUUGCUGGGAAUGGAGUUGCAUACGACAAAAUCACCCAAGCGUAAAAGUGGAGAUUUGUUUCAGCUCAUUCUGGUCAUUCCGCCUCCCACAGGAACUCCUCAGGACCCCAAUUCCUUCACAACCAGUGAUAUGAUCUACCUUCGUGAUUCAGUAGAUGGGUUUUCUCUGAUGACAUACGACUAUUCCAAUGCGUAUGCACCAGGACCCAAUGCCCCUCUUGCUUGGAUGCGGCAAUGCUUAGCUGUUUUAUUGCCGAAGGGAAAAGGAAAGGAAGGUGAGAGAGCGGACGCCAGAAAGGAUCUACAGAGCUACGACAUAGCAUCAAGAGUUCCAGAGAUGGCGAGCAAAACGUUGAUGGGCAUCAAUUUUUACGGAAACGAUUACUCAAUGCCACAAGGUGGAGGGGCGAUUGUUGGACAUGAGUAUAUCUCACUCUUAGCGCAACAUAAGCCAAUUCUUACAUGGGAGGAAGCAAGCAGUGAACAUUAUUUUACGUAUUCCAAAGAGGAGAGCAUGAUAAAGAACAAAAAAACUGAUCACAAGGUGUAUUAUCCAUCGUUGCAGUCGUUGUCCACCAGACUUGAAGAAGCCAAAAGGUGGGGUGUAGGCAUUUCUAUUUGGGAAAUUGGUCAAGGUCUUGAGUAUUUUUUUGACAUCCUGUAGCUAUAUUUUGUCCAGGCAAGGUAGGCCGGUUUAGUGAGAUGCAAUACGCAAGUGUCGCACGGCCACCAGGAAUUAUUUCCUCUGUUGAAGCACACACAACAAUCCACAAGUGGAUGUAUUUGCGGCCAUUUUUUUUUUCUUGCAGCACGAGUUUUCACAAAGUCAGGUGUGGACUGUAUCUGUAAUUAUCUAGAUGAAUAUGGAAGCAAAACCAAUUCUGUUUAGUCAUGACAGUA